GGAAGCGAACUGGCUGCCGGGGGUGCAGGAGGGGCAGGCGGUGUGGGCCGUCCAGGAGACCUCCCCGGACGGGAAGGUGUCCCGGGAGGGAGAGCGCCCGACCGAGGGCCGCGGCGUCCGGAGGCGCCGGCGCCGCCGCCGCUGGUGACCGCGGGCAGAGGCUGGGGAGCGGCGGCAUGCAGCCAGAGGAGGGCACGGGCUGGCUGCUGGAGCUGCUGUCGGAGGUGCAGUUGCAGCAGUACUUCCUGCGGCUGCGCGACGACCUCAAUGUCACCCGCCUGUCCCACUUUGAGUACGUCAAGAAUGAGGACCUGGAGAAGAUCGGCAUGGGCCGGCCUGGCCAGCGGCGGCUGUGGGAGGCCGUGAAGAGGAGGAGGGCCCUGUGUAAGCGCAAGUCUUGGAUGAGCAAGGUGUUCAGCGGGAAGCGGCUGGAAGCUGAGUUCCCACCUCACCACUCCCAGAGCACCUUCCGGAAGCCCUCACCUGGGCCGGGGGCCCCGGCCACUGGGGAGGGUGGUCUGCAGAGCCUCACCUGCCUCAUCGCAGAGAAGGACCUGCGUCUCCUGGAGAAGCUGGGGGAUGGCUCCUUCGGAGUGGUGCGCCGGGGCGAGUGGGAUGCCCCCUCGGGGAAGGCGCAGGUGAGUGUGGCCGUGAAGUGCUUGAAGCCGGAUGUGCUGAGCCAGCCAGAGGCCAUGGAUGACUUUAUCCGGGAGGUCAACGCCAUGCACUCACUCGACCACCGGAACCUCAUCCGCCUGUACGGGGUGGUGCUCACACUGCCCAUGAAGAUGGUAACAGAGCUGGCGCCCUUGGGCUCGCUGCUGGACCGGUUGCGCAAGCACCAGGGCCGCUUCCUCCUGGGCACGCUGAGCCGCUACGCAGUGCAGGUGGCCGAGGGCAUGGGCUACCUGGAGUCCAAGCGCUUCAUUCACCGAGAUCUGGCUGCCCGCAACCUGCUGCUGGCCACCAGGGACCUGGUGAAGAUUGGGGACUUCGGGCUGAUGCGCGCAUUGCCCCAGAAUGACGACCACUACGUCAUGCAGGAGCACCGCAAGGUGCCCUUCGCCUGGUGUGCCCCCGAAAGCUUGAAGACCCGCACCUUCUCCCACGCUAGCGACACCUGGAUGUUUGGGGUCACCUUGUGGGAGAUGUUCACCUACGGCCAGGAGCCCUGGAUUGGCCUCAAUGGCAGUCAGAUCCUGCAUAAGAUCGACAAGGAGGGCGAGCGGCUGCCUCGGCCUGAGGACUGCCCACAGGACAUCUACAAUGUCAUGGUCCAGUGCUGGGCCCACAAGCCAGAGGACAGGCCCACCUUUGUGGCCCUCCGGGAUUUCCUGCUGGAGGCCCAGCCCACUGACAUGAGGGCCUUGCAGGACUUCGAGGAGCCUGACAAACUGCACAUCCAGAUGAAUGACGUCAUCACAGUCAUCGAGGGCAGGGCUGAGAACUACUGGUGGCGUGGGCAGAACACAAGGACGCUGUGCGUGGGGCCCUUUCCUCGGAACGUGGUCACCUCCGUGGCCGGCCUGUCUGCGCAGGACAUCAGCCAGCCUCUGCAGAACAGCUUCAUCCACACAGGGCAUGGGGACAGUGACCCGCGCCACUGCUGGGGCUUCCCCGACAGGAUUGAUGAACUGUAUCUGGGGAACCCCAUGGACCCUCCCGACCUGCUGAGCGUGGAGCUAAGCGCCUCCCACUCCACUCCGCAUCUCAGAAGGGGUAGAAGGGAGCCUCCUCCGCGUCCACCUCAGCCCACCGUCUUCACGCACAGCGGCGGGCCCUCUCUUCCCACAGAGCCCACCUACGACCCCGUGAGCGAGGACCCGGACCCGCUGUGCAGCGACCUGCGGCGGCUCAGCCUGCGGAGGCCGGGGCCGCCCCAGGGGCUCGGGCUGGCCAAGCCCCUGGCCGGGGGAAGGGGUGGUGGGGCCGCCGAGGUCGCGCUCAUCGACUUUGAGGGGGACGCCGUGCUCCCGGCCCCGCGCCCCUGUGCGCCCUCGCUGGCGCAGCUGGCCCUGGACGCCGUCUCCCUGCUGGACAAGACCCCGCCUCAGAGCCCCACGCGGGCCCUACCCCGGCCCCUGCACCCCACGCCCGUGGUGGACUGGGAUGCGCGCCCCCUGCCCCCGCCGCCCGCCUACGACGACGUGGCCCUGGACGAGGACGCUCCGCCGGUGUGCCCGGCCAGCCCGGCGUGCGCAGCGCGGCUCUUCGGGGCGCUGCAGCAGGAGUGCCUGCGGGAGCGCCUGCGGGAGGGCUGGGAGCCCACGCGGGAGCCUGCGCAAGGCCCACCCGCCCCGCCACGGCCGCCGCCCCGCCUGCCGCCACGCCAGCCCCCGCCGCCCAUGCCCACCACGCAGAGCUUCGCGCCCGACCCCAAGUACGCCAGCCCUCAGGUGACGCAGGCCGCCGGGCCCCGCGCCGCACCCUGCAUCCUGCCCAUCGUGCGCGACGGCAGGAAGGUCAGCAGCACCCACUACUACCUGCUGCCCGAGCGCCCGCCCUACCUGGAGCGCUACCAGCGCUUCCUGCGCGAGGCCGCGGGGCCUGAGCCACCCGGCGCGCCCGCCCCCGCGCCCACCGCCACCGUGCGGCCCAUGCCCCACGCGGCCCCUGACCCCAAGGCCAACUUCUCGGCCAACAACAGCAACGCGGGGGACGUGCCCGCCGACAAGGUCCAGACGCUGCAGGCCAUGGUUCAUGGGGUGACCACAGAGGAGUGCCAGGCGGCCCUGCAGAGCCACAGCUGGAGCGUGCAGAGGGCAGCCCAGUAUCUGAAGGUGGAGCAGCUGUUCGGGCUGGGGCUGCAGCCACGAGGCGAAUGUCACAAGGUGUUGGAGAUGUUUGACUGGAACCUGGAGCAGGCCGGCUGCCAUCUUCUGGGCUCCUGCAACCCUGCCCACCACAAGCGCUGAGCUGUCCGGAGAGCUGAGGGUUUUCCCUGAAGGAAUCACUUUGAGUCUGUCUAUCCAAAGGGUGGGGAGACGCCCCACCCGGGACUGGAGGACCUGGCUUCCCUGGCCGUGGCAGCCGGCAGCUGGGAGCCUGCCUUGCUCAUCUCUCCCUCCCCUGUCCUAUAACUGGUGCAGCCUACAGGCCCCAGCCCAGCUGCAGGAGGGAGUGCUGUGAGGGCAGGCCCUGUGGCUCAGGUCCCUGGCAGGGCGUGACUGGAGGGUGUCCCUGCGGGCGGGGAGCCAGGCUUCCCCAGAAAGGGAGGGUGUGUGGGUGACCCAGGAAGGUGGGCCUGCACCCAAGGGCCCUACCCCAGGGAGCCUCUGCGGGCAGUCGUGGAUGGUCGAACAAACUGUGACUGAGGACUGUAGCCUGGCACUCGUUGGACGUGGCUGAAGCAGAGCCAGGCUGCCAGAGCUCUCUGUGGGGUGAGCCCCGGGUGGAAGGAGACCAAGGGGGCAGCCGCUCGGGAGGGUCGCCCGUGCCUCCUCUGACCCAGCUCUCCCCUGUGCUGUUCUGUGUUGCCAAUGUUGCCUCCCCAGCUAUGCUCUGUGCUUCUCCCAGAGAAAUAAAGCUGAUUUCUAUUUUAAAGUUA